AUGUUUGCGAUCAAUGAAACUAAAUUCUACUUUGACGCCAUCCGAGGCUGCGCUUCACUUGAUGGAAUUCCGGUGAAAAUCCAAAACCUCUAUGAGAACUCUUUUAUCUACUCAUACAUGUUACAAGGAGAGCUGAAAGGAGCGACUCCUUUUAUUGGAGUUGAGAGAAAAGAAACAAACGUUUGGACGUACGCUGAUGGAACACCGUUAACCUAUCAGAAUUGGGGGCCCAAUGAACCAAACAACUCAAGUAGCACAAGCAUUUGUGCAGUCAUGUCCUCACAAACAGCACAAUGGUAUUCAGUCGAAUGCAGCAUUGCUAGGCCGUACAUUUGCUCGAUCGAUGGAGACAAUUUUCAAUGUCCUGAUGGAUGGGUGUACAGCAAUCAGACCGACUAUUGCUAUUACUUACAGAAUUUUACUUAUACAGACGGUGUACACUGGCAAUUAUACAAUCAAACAACAGCGGAAACGCUUUGUCGACGAAUGGACUCCCAUUUGGUCUCGAUUCAUUCAGAUGUCGAGAACGAUUUUGUUAUGGAACUGGCCACUUCAAAUGUCUCUGGACUCGCGAACGUCGCUCCAGACAAUGAUCCUUGUGGUUCUCAAUGGGCCUGGAUCGGCUAUUAUGGAAAUGGGACUAUUGGAACCGGAACAUGGACUGAUGGAUCUCCUGUCGAUUAUAUCAAUUAUCGGCCUAAUCUCGAUGUUUUUCUAAACUGGGUGAUAGCCAACGAUUCUCGAUGUAAUUUACCCCGUGUAUGGAUCAGAACUUAUGGUUAUAACGCAUGGCCUCGGGCUGUCUGCAAGAAGCCAUCAAAAAAUCGAAUUGCAAAAACAAGAAAAUCAGCAACGGGGGCAGCGAAUGGUUGCUGGAUA